ACAGGUAAAUUUCCAGCCAUGGGGACAACUUUCGAGCUUUGUGUGGCUGUCAGCCUAUUCAUAGUGGUCAGUGGAUCAUGCCCAGUGGGGCGGGAGUUCAUUACUGCCUUUAUGCCUAACUAUUUGCUGAGCUACCAUGAUGAUCAGAGUCUUCAACUGGCCAUAAGCACACAGGAUUAUCCAGCCAUUGUUCAAAUUCAGGUCAAUGCAAUCGGCUUCUCCACCUCAGUGAAAAUAGAUAAACAGAACACCAAAUGGAUCGCCAUACCUGGUAACGCUGAAAUUGGGGGUCCAGGAGCUUCCACCAAAACAGUGCAGGUCACCUCCAACUCUGACAUCUCAGUGGUGGCCUUCAACUACAAGUUCUCAACCGGAGACAGCAGUGUGGUCUAUCCAACUGACCAGCUGGGUACUGACUAUGUGGUCUUCACCCCCGAUGAGGGUCCAAGCAACAUGCACAAGCUUAUGUCUAUUGUCAAUGGCAAAGAGCCCAACAAGAUCACGAUCAUCCCUGUCUCCAACAUAAAUCUCAGUGGCAUGGAUUCCUGGAAGCAAAGACAGGCAGUGAUUGUUACCAUGGACCCAUACCAGGUCUACCUCUACCAAAGCUUCACCACUUUCACUGGGACCAGGGUCAAAGCCAAGCUCCCUGUGGCAGUCCUGGGGGGACACGAGUGCGUUGCAGAUGGAGGCCGCUGCAAUCACGUCUACGAACAACUGCUACCAGUGCAGAGCCUCUCCACCAAUUACCUGGUUCCUUCCAUGCACAUGUCCAAUUCAACUGACUUUGUAAACAUUGUGGCCUCAGAGGACAACACUCUAGUGAAGAUCUUUGAGGGAAAGGUAUCCACUGCUAAAGAGCUGAAAGCGGGGCAGGCGUAUGUGGUUUCUGUCCAACCCAAAUAUCCGCUGAUCAUCAAAAGUGAUAAGAAGGUCAUGGUGAUGUACUUCAGCAACAACAAGCCCUACGAUCCGUUCCUCACCAACAUCCUCCCAACGUCUGAUCUUGCCAACGAGUGGUCGGUGGACACGCAGAGCAAAUUCGAGAGCACAUUGGUCAUUGUCUCCGAGAGGGAAGGGAUCAACACCGUUAAAGUCUGUGAGAAAAAUACAUGUGUGAAAUCUCUCCAAUGGACAUUAUUCAACUCAGACCCUAAGUACAUGUGGGUAAAUAUUCCAUUGGGAGAGAAGCAACAGCAUUUCUCCAUCAAAGGCGACUCACUCAUGGCUGUUUACAUUUAUGGUGGCAUGCCAAGAGACGGCUAUGCUACAACAGGAGUAUGUUCCAAAGGCACUGCCCCACCCACACUACCACCAGACCCAUGUGAGAAAGUCAAAUGCAGAGAAAAAGAAGAAUGUACAAAGGGGGCUGUGGGGGACCCCCACUACCUCACCUUUGAUGGGGAGCGGUUUGACUUCCAGGGCACCUGCUCUUACGUCAUGGCCACGGUUGUUAAAUCUGAACCUGGUCUCAUCCCGUUCACUGUCCUGACCAAGAACAACCACAGAGGGAACAAGAGGGUGUCUUUCGUAAGGAAAGUCUCAGUCACAGUCUAUGGGCUGACUGUUGUGAUCAGCACGCAUAAAGGGAAGGUUGAGGUGAAUGGUGAGGAUGUCUACCUGCCUGUGACCCUGGCCGGAGGAAACCUAACGGUGGUGUAUAGUGGCAGCUAUGCUGUUCUGAAGACAAACUUUGGCCUGAAGGUUAUGUACGACUGGAACAUGAAGUUCUACAUCACUGUCCCCAGCAGCUACUUCCGCACCCUGGGUGGGCUCUGUGGGAACUACAACGGGGAUCACAACGACGAGUUCACUAACCCCAAAGGUAACAAGGAACCCACAGUGGUGAAAUUUGCCCAGAGCUGGAGAACUGAAGAUGGCGACUUGUUCUGUCAUGAUGACUGUCAAGGGGAAUGUCCUAUCUGCACUCCGGCUCUCCAACAGAAAUACAAGGAAGAAAAGUUAUGUGGUCUCUUGGCCAAAAAAGACGGCCCAUUCGCAAGCUGCCACAAGGUCCUGGACCCAGGCGUGUUCAUGGACAACUGUGUAUUUGACGUCUGCAUCAAUAAAGGCAUCUACCAGUUCCUCUGUGAGAACAUGAAAAGCUACAAUGAUGCCUGCUUGGCUGAGGGAGUCAAAAUUAGCCCUGAGUGGAGGACAAUCACUGCAUGCCAUCUAGCUGCCGAAGCAAAGUGCAAGGAACCCUGUGUGGAGACCUGUCAAUGCAACAAGGGCUUUGUCCUCAGUGGAGACAAAUGCGUCUCCAAGGAGAGCUGUGGCUGCUCUUAUGAAGGACGAUACUACCCGUCUGGAAUGAAGUUCUGGGAAGAUGACAAAUGCACCAAGCAGUGUGAAUGCAAUCCAGCAACAGCCAAGGUUGAAUGCAAAGCAACAGCAUGCAAGAAAUCAGAGGUGUGUGGCCUGCAGAGUGGUAAGAGAGAUUGUUACCCAACAUCUUAUGCCACCUGCCAAGGUUCAGGCGACCCCCACUACCGUACGUUUGAGUGA